AUGGCUAGUCUCGCUUUCACAGCAUCGUCGCACAGUCUCGUGGCUAGGGGCUCCUCAUACCAGCCCUCAGAGAACACUCGACAAUUUGUGAUUGAAACGGUCGCAAACGCUAAGCGCUUUCGCAGCGCGACACGUUCUGUCUACACCAACCCGGUCCAGGGAUCCCCAGGCGCCUACGGGUACCACAGAGAUAGAGAAACUCCAUCUCCUGUUCACGAUACUACCGACUAUAACUGGCUGGCGCGUUCUACCCCACCUCUCCCCCUUUCACCUCGCCAAGACCACCCAUCGGCAGUCCCUCUCGAGAAUCUUCGGAAUUGGUGUGCUCUAACCCAUUCCCAAUGGAGAGACUCGGAGGGUCGCGUGCUGAAGUAUAAUGCCGUGCAAGAAGCACACGUCGUGAGCAGAUCAUUGAACCCAGACGAUAAAGCUCGUUUGCAAGUGGCUUGGGGCCUCGUGCCGGGAGACUUUGAUUUCGACGGUCCGCUUAACACAAUUCCAUUACGCGCGAAUUGGCACACACUCUUCGACAAGAAGAGCUGGGUGCUUGUUCCCACAAGGGCCAUGAUGGGCAGUAUCGCGGACGCGGCAGAAGACGUUUUGUUUGAUCAGGGUGCUAGGAGUGCCGCUGAUGCCAGUUACCCUUUGCUGAGAGAAGAUGGGAAGCUCAUAUACAAGAUCUAUCAAUAUAAGAUAGCACCUUUUGGCCGUUCAAUCCCGAGCGACCUCAUUCGUAUGCAGUUCAAGAAGGGCAAACAGCAUGUCGAGCUGGAUAAAAAGACCCAAACCGUCUACAAGACGACCGAAUUUGAGCGCUGGCCAACUGUAUCAUCGACCGUCCAUCCCUUCGCGAUAAUAUGGAAAGCCGUCACCGAGUUUGGGAUCGACACAGAACUAAAUCAACUCCACGUCGCAGAGCAUAUUCCUCUCAUGAUGCAGCUUCGGGAGAUUUAUAAACGCUGGAUGAAGUACGCUGAUGACCAUAGUCAUCUCUUGUUGCCCGAGCAGCUUGAUCGCGACCCUUCUCCCCCGUCCAAUCGCGGCAGUCGCAGAUCAAAAAAGUCCUCCAACCGAAAACGUCAGCGCACGGACAGCGAUGACGGCUCCGUUGGCGAUCGACCCAAGAAACGCACACUUCCUUCUAAGCGUGAUCGAAACGAGCCCGGCGAGGUCGACCGCGUUCCCAGCCUGGUCUUCCCCUCGUCAGAAUUCUGUAGUCUAUCUUCCUACCAUCUAGAAUCCCCGAGUCUCAUUGAUCGUCCAGUGCGUGUGGCGCCAGAGGUCGAGGAGGACUCCGACGACGACUACGAGGAACAUCGCCCUUCGGCCCUCCAGCCACAGAGGAAGUUCAACAUCGCUGAUUGGGCGAAGACGGCCUCGGUGCAGUCAGAGUCGGUCAUGGAAGCCGAAUGCCCCUCUGAUCCCAACGUUUCGGAGCAGCCACGGAAACCUCCUCGCGGACCGUGGAAGCUUUGGCCCCCUGCUUAUAAAUUAUCGGGUUGCGUUGGGAGUCGACUCAGUUGAUGGUUUGGUGACUUGUAUAACGCGUCUUGCUGUCCUUGCUUUUGCUAUUCGUCUGCUUUAACAUGUUUUGUUUACACUCAUGGUUUGUUAUCUCCCUAAUCCUCGCCCGCGAUUCUUUUCAUUUCGGUCAACAAUACUAUACAACAUUCCUCGCGGUUCGUCUCCGAGUCAUUCUCAUUGCACAAACUGUCCUGUAGCGCGAUAUCUUCCUCUCGCUUGAGAGAGCUCCCUCAGGAAUCCUCUUAGCUAUAUCCAUCAUUGCGUUCUGU